AUGGGCAGCGGAGGCAGCUUCGCGCCGGCGCCCAGCACCGCAGCACCCGCCAACCUGGGGGCACCCAUCGGCGGCGGCCUCGGAGACCUCUUUGACCUCACCGGAGGAGUGGGUGCCCUGUCAGGGUCCUACGUGGCACCCAAAACGGUCUGGCUCCCUGCCAUGAAGGCCAAGGGGCUGGAGAUCUCUGGCACAUUCAGCCGCCAGGUGGGCUCCAUCUCCAUGGACCUCGUGCUAACAAACAAGGCCCUGCAGGUCAUGUCUGACUUUGCCAUCCAGUUCAACCGCAACAGCUUUGGCCUAGCCCCGGCAGCUCCGCUGCAGGUCCACGCGCCUCUCGCCCCCAACCAGUCGGUGGAGAUCUCCCUGCCCCUGAACACAGUCGGCUCUGUCAUGAAGAUGGACCCACUGAACAACCUGCAGGUCGCCGUGAAAAACAACAUUGACGUGUUCUACUUCAGCACGCUGUAUCCGCUACACAUCCUCUUCGUGGAGGACGGGAAGAUGGAGCGGCAGAUGUUCCUGGCCACGUGGAAGGACAUUCCCAACGAGAACGAGGCCCAGUUCCAGAUCAAGGACUGUUCCCUCAAUGCAGACGCCGCCAGCAGCAAGCUCCAGGGCAGCAACAUCUUCACCAUCGCCAAGAGGAACGUGGAGGGCCAGGACAUGCUCUACCAGUCGCUGAAGCUCACCAACGGCAUCUGGGUGCUGGCAGAGCUGCGCAUCCAGCCCAGCAACCCCAGCUUCACGCUCUCGCUGAAAUGCCGUGCACCGGAGGUGGCUCCCUACGUCUUCCAGGCCUAUGAGACGGUGCUGAAGAACUGA